GUGCCCGCUGCGACGAAGCCAGAACUACAACUCCCAGCAUGCCGCGGGGCCCUCCGCUCGUUCCGCGCUGCGCCGGCCACGACGAAGUCCGAACUACAACUCCCAGCAUGCCACGGGCCCCGGUCAGCCGUAGCCGAGGUCAGUGAAGUCUCGCCGCUCCCGGUAGCCCUCGCCGGAAGGGUCGGGGUGGGGGACAGGGCGCUGCCCCGCCAUGCUCCGAGGACUGGCCCGGGCCGCGGCCCAGCGACACGGGGCCCUCUGGACGCGGGGAUCUGGGAGCCAGUCGGGGGUCCCCACGCACGUGGUGGACCUGCGCAGCGACACGAUGACCAAGCCCGGGCCGGCCAUGAGGCGCGCCAUGGCCGAGGCGGUCGUGGGGGACGACGACUACGGCGAGGACCCCACCGUCCGCGAGCUGCAGGGAAGGGCUGCCACGCUGCUGGGGGUGGAGCAGACCUUGUUUGUGCCCACCAACACCAUGGCCAACCUCAUCUCUGUGAUGUGUCACUGCCGGCGCCGGGGCUCCCAGCUCCUCCUUGGGCAGGAGAGCCACCUCCACGUCUACGAGCAGGGUGGGGUGGCUCAGAUCGCGGGAGUGCACUCCCACCCACUCCCAGACCUGCCCCACGGCACCCUGGACCUGGCUGAGCUGGAGAGGAUGGUCACACGGGGCCUCGGGAGCCCCUACCACCCAGUCUGUGAGCUCAUUUGUCUGGAGAACACCCACAGCAGUUCGGGGGGCCGGGUCCUACCCAUCAACUACCUACGCCAGGUGCACCUCCUGGCCCAGAGCCGUGGGGUCCGGGUCCACCUGGACGGAGCCCGGCUGCUGAACGCCUCCGUGGCUCUGCACGUGCCCCCUGCCUGCAUCGUGGAGCACUGCGACUCUGUGUCUCUCUGUUUCUCCAAGGGCCUGGGUGCACCAGCGGGGGCCCUGCUUGGAGGACCCAAGCACUUCAUUGAAGAAGCCUGGCGUCUCCGGAAAGCCCUGGGCGGGGGGAUGCACCAGGCAGGGGUGCUGGCUGCAGCUGCCUUGGUGGGACUGGCUGGCGCUGAGCAGGCGCUGCAGAGGGACCACCAGAACGCCCAGAGGUUCGCCAAAGGGCUGCAGGAGCUGGCGUCCCCCAUCUGUUCCGUGGAUCUCCCCGCCGUGGAGACGAACAUGGUGAUGGUGCAGGUGGAUGGGACGCCGCCUGAGGAGCUGUGCCGGCGCCUGCAGACCGUGAGCGCCGAGGAGGUGGCCCAGACCGGCCACGCCGUGCGUGUGCUGCUGCUCCCCUGGACGGAGCAGUCAGUGCGCACUGUGUGGCACCGCAACAUCUCGGCGCAGGACACCGAGCUGGCGCUGAGGAAGUGGGGCUUCGUGCUGAGGCAGCUGGGGCCCUGAGGACAGGGUGACGGGACCUUGCGCCCUGGCUGGGAUACAGGUGGGGAAUGGAGGUGUCCCAAGGGAGCACGUGGGAGGCGAGGCUAUAAAACGCCUUUAUCCCCUUGUCUCCUUGGACCCCUUUACUUCCCAAACUUAGGGUGAAACCUUCCACCUGUGCUCGUUCAGCAAGCCCUGGGUGCCUCCUGUGUCGGGGACAGGGUAUCCAAGCAUCCAGGGACAGGUGUGGUCCCCACCAUGGCCCAGGAGGCUCCCAGCCCACAAAAGGGGAAAAUGCUCCAAGCCACUUGCUCAGAGCCACACAGCCAAUGAGAGCAUCCUGUGUUCAGGGCCGUGGAGGAGGAAGCAGGAGAGGACAUCAGAAAGGGACAUCCUCGUUGGAUGGUGAAGAGUGUUGUGGCAUGAGAGGGUGGCACUUUAUUUUGCAGUCAUCUAAUAUAUAUUUUCCUCUUAAGAAAUAAAAUUUUAUUCUUACAAAAGAACAUGUCUUUAAUGCACCUCUGUUUAUCACAGCACUAUUGACAAUAGCCAAGAUAUGGAAGCAACCUAAGUGUCCAUCAGUAGAUGAAUGGAUAAAGAAGAUGUGGUACAUAUACACAAUGGAAUAUUAUUCAGCCAUAAGAAGAAAACAAAUCCUACCAUUAGCAACAACAUGGAUGGAGCUGGAGGACAUUAUGCUCAGUGAUAUCAGCCAGCCGGAGAAGGACAAAUGCCAAAUGAUUUCCCUCAUUUGUGGAGUAUAAGAACAAAGCAAAACCGAAGGAACAAAACAGCAGCAGACUCAGACUCCAAGAAGGACUAGUGGUUACCAAA